AUGGUGAGGAAGCAAAGUUAACGAAAGAGACUUUUCAUGGAAAAACCAGUCAGCUGACAGCUUAAUCGGAGACUCUCAGGCCAACACCGCCCACCACCGCUUCCGCCUCUUCGCUCCCCCCCUGGAGCCCUCUCGUCCGACGGUCAGCGAUCCUCCGUCCGUCCCUUUUCCGGACACUUACUUGCGUACGUGCGUGACCGAUGGGCUGCUCCUCCUCCCUUCCAGAUAGGAACUCGGGAAGGUUGAGUGGACUCAAUUCAGAGAAUAGUGGAGCAACUGAUGCAAAAAAUCUGCGCGUCAAGCUAGUAUUGCUUGGUGAUUCAGGCGUCGGUAAAAGUUGUAUUGUUCUCCGAUUCGUUCGUGGUCAGUUCGAUCCAACAUCCAAGGUCACUAUUGGAGCAUCAUUCCUGUCUCAGACUAUAGCAUUGCAAGAUUCGACGACAGUCAAGUUUGAAAUAUGGGAUACUGCCGGUCAAGAGAGGUAUGCAGCUCUUGCACCACUUUACUAUAGAGGUGCUUCAGUAGCAGUGGUGGUUUACGAUAUAACAAGCCCUGAAUCUUUUCAGAAGGCCCAGUAUUGGGUAAAGGAGUUGCAGAAACACGGUAGCCCUGAUAUGGUGAUGGCUUUAGUUGGCAAUAAGGCUGACCUUCUUGAGAAUCGAGAGGUCUCUGACCAGGAUGGCAUGGAGUAUGCUGAGAAGAAUAGGAUGUUCUUCAUCGAGACAUCUGCAAAAACUGCAGAUAAUAUAAACCAGCUGUUUGAGGAAAUCGCAAAGCGACUGCCGCGCCCAGCCUCUUCGUGAUCGAAGUGCGUCCCGAACUCGACCGGCAUCACGGGGAGGAAGAAGGAACACGUUGCUCCGGGUGUUUUGAUAUAUUUUGUCUGUACAUACCAUUAUUGUAUGCCGAGGCGCUCUAUUCUCACUAUCAUAAAAGGUGGCUUUAUUUUCCCCUCUUGUUUGCUCUACAUGUAUUGUGAUAAUAAAAUUAUCCCAAUUCUCACUGCCAAUUGUUUACCCUUUUUUUUUAAUUGAUGUAACUAAUUUUUCA